CUGUGAAUUCGCCGCGUUCAUCGACGGGUUGAAAUCUAUGCCGUCCGUCGUAGCUGCUUUCAUCGACCGUCCAAGAAAACAAAUCGAUUCGGAAAAGUAGGAGGAUUGCCAGUCCUUUUUGGUCAUAUGGCCAAAUGUGGAUUACAUGAAGAAACCAGCCACCGCUCACACUUACCUUGACUUGACGGCUCACACGUUGGCAAUCGUCGGACGAUUAAUACUGUGAUCAGCUAGAUUUCGCAACCCGUACAUCUUCGCAGCACUCUAUGUGGUAGACGGGUAUCGAUCAGUGUGUUUGGCCGCUGGCAAAUUCAGUAGUGUUGUAAAGUUAUAGUGUCCGCCGUUGGGCUCGCGUCUAGCCACCGCUGCACUUGCACGCAUUCCAAGCAUUAUUGUAUGCAGGAAUGAAUCAGCGACGCGAGGCCAACAUUCCCAACUCUUUGUUUGGUAGUUAUCAGUACUCAUCCAAUGAGGCCCAGGAAGUGAGAACAAAACUCAACCUAAAGCUUGGGCCUGAAUACAUCUCGCAACGUAGCGGGCCAGGGGGUUCAAAAGUUAGCUAUUUGGAAGGAUGGAAAGCUACGCAGCUGGCAAACGACAUAUUUGGAUUCAACGGCUGGUCGAGCACACUUGUAGAUAUUACGGUGGACUUUGUUGAUGUCGAUAAUGGGAAAGUCAGCAUGGGUAUCUCUUCGGUCGUCCGCGUCACCCUGAAAGAUGGUAGCUUCCACGAGGAUGUCGGAUACGGAUCUAUUGAAAAUGCGAGGAGUAAAGCCCAGGCAUUCGAGAAAGCCAAGAAAGAAGCUGUUACAGAUGCCACCAAAAGAGCGCUGAAACACUUUGGCAAUAGCGUCGGCUCGUGUUUGUAUGAUAAGGACUUCUUGCGGAAAGUUUCUCGCAUGUCGAGUCAGCCGACAAAACCACUGGCCCCUGAUGAGCUGUAUAGACAUCCCGAUUAUCGGACCACUGGCCGUCCUUCCAACGGGCUCCUCGCCGACAGCGGUUUUGCUGUUCCAUCCGAAGGUGAAAGUCAUUGUCCAACUGCAUCAAACGUAACCGGUGGUGUUCCACCCGCUCAAGUCGGAUAUACCCAAGCUGCUUCGCCCUCUUCGACUUUCGGAGGUACCGUCGCCACCACCGAUUCGAGCUCUGUACAAUCGUCCAGCAAUAUAACCCCUAAUCAGGCCCAAUCAAAUCCCCGCCCACCAGGGCCGUUGCCUUUCCAUCAAGGAACUCAAAAUGCAUCGGCUCAAAUAAAUCAUGGACGCCAAACAGGUCCACCAUCGACGAAUCCGAUGGGUAUUCCAGUAGGACAGGAGCAACGUAAUACUCUUGGCACCACCAACUCAACAUCACGGAACGAGAAUACUUCUCACAAUUUGCAAAUGAAUCACACUCAUAUCAAAACGGAGGGAACUGUAGCCCAGCCUCAAACAACUCGCAGCACGGACAUCAGCCACGGACCAGGUGGUACUCUGAAUCAAACAGCUAAUCGACCCUGGUAUAUGGAACAACAAGAGAAUCCUCAACAACGGUGGCAGCAGCCUCAGCAGCAGUCGUCAAGAGGUGUUCAUCCUGGACAGAACGUUUUCGACCAACGCUCUGUCAACCUACAGACACAGUCUACAAGCAUGCCAAUACAGCCAGGGGGUGCGAAGACGGGCGAUGCCAAUGAUCCACAGAAUAUAACGUUGAGCCAUUCGCAUAAUUCCGCAUCUAAAGACAGUUUGUCCAAUGGAUACCAACCCACCCACACAUCAGCGCAUCAAGGCAACGGUCCGUCAUAUCGUCCAAAUCAGCCCUACCAAGCACAACCGCAGCACACUUCGAACAAUGGAUAUCCUCGAGGACAGCCAGGGCAAUCGGUGCCCCCAAAUCAGAGUAUGCAUAACAAUGGGAAUCCCUCACCAAAGGGUGUCAAACGACCACUAGACAUGCAGAACACCCAUGGUUUUGGUGCUCGUCCAGGCGGUACUGGUGCAAGUCCUCAUACAGCCGCUAAUAUGGGUCGACCUAUGUCCGGACUGAACGCAUCCCACAAUAUACCGGACACGAAUGGAGUGGCAUCGAAGGGGAACGGUGGUUAUCAAUACGCUAACCCGGUGGUGAAGCGGCCGAAGGCGGAAAUACCCGGUUUUACGUGAAACAGGCAAAGGACUGUCACCUUAUGUAUAUUUCGCUGUGUAUGGCUUUAAUCAUGUGGUUGGAUAUCCGUUGGUUGAUUGAAGAUACCGUUCUCUGGAUGCUACAGUAAGAAAGACUGCAAAAUCCCAAAGAGAUGCAAACCGAAUUGUAAGAAAGCAUACUAGCCGUCUGAGUUUGAGCAGAGCUGAUAUAUCUUAUUGUAUGCGUAAUUCAUGUUAUCGUAUCUGACAAUGGGGUCCCAGUAUUCUGCCCACUCCCCGUCGGCCCCAAAUCUGCAA